AUGAGUGACACCACCCGACUUAAGAGUACGAUCUACGUUGGCGGCCUGGACCAAGGUGUGACGGCGCAUACACUGGCAGAGGCAUUUGUGCCUUUUGGAGAAGUAGUCGACAUCUCCCUGCCCAAACCAGAUGGCCCCAACAAAACUGGCGACAAGCACCGCGGAUUUGGAUAUGUCGAAUUUGACUUGCCGCAGGACGCCAAAGAAGCUAUCGACAACAUGGAUGGCAGUGAACUAUACGGCCGCACUAUCAAGGUCGCAGCUGCCAAGCCGCAAAAGGAUGCCAACGAGGGUCUGGGCAGCAAGACCGCUAUCUGGGAACAGGUAUGUGAAGCUCUAUUGUGCUUUGUUCUUUGGCCACUACCGUACCAUUGCUCACCAUUCAUUAUAGGAGGGUUAUCUUGCCAAACAUGCAGUGAGCGAGGAGGACCGCCUCGCUGCGGAGGAAGCACAGGCCGCGAUGACCGUCCCCAAGACCCAAUGGAGGGUCUAGAGCAACUUGAUGUGGCUGGGCCGAAGCCCGAGUGA